GGCAGGAGGGAGCCAGUGGCCAUCUUGGUAAAACCGUGACGGGGGCGGCCACCGUGGUAAAGGCAGUGCGCGCAAUCACACGUUCAUCUCGGAGUGAGUGACAUCGUUCCCGGUGGGGAGUGCGAGAGCUAUGGUGCGGAGACCGUAUCUCCAGGUCCUGCGCCUGCUGGUGCUGCUGAUCGCCCUGUUGGUGGGCGCCAGCCUCCUGUACCCAUCAGAAUCAAAGCCAGUGGAUGACCCAAGCCACAUAGAUUUUUGGAAAAAGGCAAAAGACCCAAGGGCCAAGGCAACACUGGAGAGCAGGGAAAUCACGGGGGAGGCUCGGCACAGAACCACAACAGAACAGACUAUCAACAAAGAAAAUAGACGACAGCCCAAACAGUACGGAGCCGCAGGGAUGAAAAUUGUGCACUUGGACCUUAAAGGAGCUGCUCCAAAACUCUUAUAUCUGGAGCAGAUAUUUUCCCUCCUGCACACACUUGGUGUCCAUGGUGUUCUGAUGGAAUACGAAGACAUGUUUCCUUUUGAGGGUGAUCUUGAAGUCCUUAAAUCCACGUAUGCUUACAGUUCUGCUGAUAUUGAAAAAAUCCAGGACUUGGCGGACAGAAACCAGCUGGAGAUUAUUCCUCUGGUUCAGACAUUUGGACAUAUGGAAUUUGUGCUGAAACACGACAAAUAUCUGACUCUACGGGAGGUGGAGAAUUAUCCCAACAGCCUGAACCCGCAUCUGCCUGACUCCCUGAAGCUGGUGAAGGAAAUGAUCAGUCAGGUCCUGGAUAAGCAUCCCGCCUGUUCUCGGAUCCACAUUGGUGCGGACGAGGUUUAUUAUCUGGGGGAAGGAGUUGAGACAAAGCAGUGGCUGAGCGAGCAUGAAGAGGAUCGGGGGAAGCUCUUCCUGGACCAUGUGAUGGCGGUCAGCAGCUACCUGACCACCAAGUACCCGGGGAUUGAGGUCAUCAUGUGGGACGACAUGAUGCGGAAAAUUAGCAAAGAGACGAUCCAGCAGACGGGGAUCGCUCAGUACGUGGCUCCCAUGGUCUGGUUUUACGCUGCUCAGUUCAGUACUGAUUCCGUCGAGGAGAUUCUCAGCAAGUACUUGGAGAGCGGAUUCCGCAAUGUCUGGUUCGCCAGCGCCUUCAAAGGAGCCUCGGGGGCAGCUCAGGACCGGACCCCCAUUAACCUGCAUCUGCAGAACCAGCUCCAAUGGCUGAAGGUCAUUAAAUCUCUGCCCAAGUUUCCGUCACUCCACUUCCAGGGACUGGCAUUAACUGGCUGGCAAAGGUACGAUCAUUACUCUGCACUGUGUGAGUUGCUGCCCGUGGCAAUCCCAUCACUGGUGAUUUGUGCCCAGACCGUGCGAUAUGGCUCCUUCAGCACUGAGGCCAAAACCACAUCACUGCAAACUCUAGGAUUUAAGGAUAUUGACCUGGAAAAAAAUGUCAGCGAAGGAACCGGGUCGUUUGCAGGAGCUGAAAUUUACGAAAUGGUUUGUCAUAUUCAUGACAAUCUAAAAUCUGAAAUAACCAAUGUUCUACAGGACAACAGUGAUAUCAAAGGCUGGUUCACUAACUAUCACAGGAAAUACCACUUUGCAAACCCACGAAACCUGGAGCGAUUUGGAAAUAAAGUAUUGAAGGUUCACCAGAAGUGGGAAGAAUACCUGGCAAAACUGCGCUUACAAAUGGAAAACAUUUACUUCCCUGACACAGUGGAGGAGUGGAUGGAGGAGAAUGUGAACCUGUAUAUGGAUGCGCUACGAGUGUUUGUGGAGGACUACAAGAAGAUCGUGCAGCUCCAAGCUAAGCCCAAGCACAAAUAGCAGUGAGUGGAGCUGUGAGAGCACAAAUCUCAGGGAAUUAGUAUUUCUGGAGUGGAGCUGAAUGAUCAGGAUUGAACAAGCAAUUUGCGUGUAAUUUGGUGAUGGGUCGGACAGACAUUCUCUUUCUCUCAAUUUCCUGUCUCGAGUUUCUGUUCCUAAUUGUGGUUCCAAUUCAAAUGGUUAAACCGUGGUCUCACUGCCCUCACUGCCCAUUGGCGAAAUCUGAUAAUCUCUGCAAACACAGAUCUGAACAAGGAUUUAUUCCCUUUUUUAUGUUAAAGAUAAUCAGCGUUUGUGACUUGGGGCUGUGUGGGUGUGAGCAGCAGUGUGUCAGGGUCACUGUGUG